CCGAAUCGCCGAGACAAGUUACCACCUUCUCUAGCGAGCCUCAGACCUCAAACACGGCAACGUGCGUUCGCACUGCCUAGUACGUACCUACGUAGGCUAUAUGGUGUAUGUACUUAGGUACCUACACGGUGUAUACACAGUCGUCUCACAAUACCGCUCCCUUCCGGCGACGAGAACGAGGCACCAAUAAAUAUUCUCAUUUCGCGAUAUAGCAUCGCCGGCACGAUCUCGAGAGACAGCAAGGCAGGAGAGUAACGCUAAGCACGGCCCGACGAGCAGAUGCCCACUCCUCGGUGCUGUUGGGCCUCAAGCGCGUCUGCGAGGAUUAAGGUGUCGUAUGGGCCUACAUGCAUGCAUGUAUGCUGUAUUAUCCAUUCGAUGAAUACAUCUCAUUUCCCCUUCGACCAGGGGGGGGGGGCCUCAGCCAACAGCGCCGGAACGCCGGCAUCUGUGGGUCGUGCUGUUACCAUCAUAAUCAUCUUCGUCUACCUACGUAGGCAUAUUAACUAUAGAUUUCGCCCGGGUGAGGAAGCGGUCUUAGCCCAGCGGCAGCGCAUUGCCGUCCAUAUCCAUGUGCAUCUGCCCACUCGAUUAAUUCCCCAGGAUCGUUGCACGAGAAGGCCACGCGCCGCGGCAGCCAAGUCGAUCGUUGGUGCUAUUCGCCGACCAGGGCGCGGGAAUGCAUUAUUGGCUGAAAAUAGGGCUGGGAGGCAAUCGUCGGGGGCUGAAGCCGGUCAUCGUAAAUUCCAAGUCGCUGCGUCCGGACCCAAGGUGGAGUUAUCAACUUGUGAACGGUCAAAUAUGAUGACGACGACGAUGAUGAUUUGGAUUUCAUCUCUCUCGUAUGAGCAAAUAACCAUCACCGGAAAGGAGAGUUUCGACACAUGCAGAUACGCCCCUUUUUUUUCUUUCUUCCCGUCCUGAACUCCAUGCGCCUCCUUUUAUGUGAUAUCGAACACCAUACCUAUAAACAGCACACGCAGCACAGCGCGCGCAUCGCUGGAGAUGGAUUCUUUCUACGCCCCCUUAGACUCGGGUGCGUCGCCCGGCCCCUGAAUGGCGA